AUGCAAGUGCCGGUUCUCGGCUGCACUUUCCUCACGCUGUCAGAUCGUGAGGAAAGUACUGCCGAGAACCGGCAGUUGUCAGAGCGGGGAUCGGCACCGAUCAUCAGGGCACUGAUGAUCAGUGCCCUGAUGAUCGGUGCCCAGCAGUGACCCCCGCAAGUUCCUCCCAGCAUGCACCCACCUGUGCCCCCACCUGUGCCACUCUGCAGUGCCACCUACCUGUGCCCAGAAGUGCCACCUACAUGUGCCAGCAGUGCCACCCACCUGUGCCCACCCACCUGUGCCCACCAGUGCCCACCCACCUGUGCCCACCAGUGCCACCCACCUGUGCCC